AUGGGCAGCCUCCGGCAGGGCUUAUCCCCGCGUGGCCCCUCCCUCCCCGCGCCACCUCCCUCCCGGGGCCGCCGCGGCGGCUGCAAAAGAGGAACCGCGCCGCGCUCUCGGCCAAGUGGCCGCACGCAGGAGCGGCGAGGCGGCGGCAAGCGGGGCAGGCUCCAGGCGCAGGUUGCUGCCCGCAAGCUCGGCUCCACUUUGCGGGGCGCCCAGCCACGGCCGUCGCCAGGAGCCUCUUUCUCGGUCCCCGCCGCCCCGGCUGGGAGUCCCCGGGGUCAUCCCGAGCGGCCUUUCUCGUGGCGGAGCCUCGCCCGGAUCCCUCCCAGCGCGGCCGAAGCCCCCGGGAACAUGGCGAGCCGGCCCGCCGCCGCCGCUCGGGUCCGGUGCCCGGCGGCGGCGGUGCCCGUCGCGCUGCUGUCGCUGCUGCUGCUGGGGGCUGCGGCGGGGCAGCCGGUCUCCUUCCAGGCCGACGUGAACGGCCACAGCCUGCACCCGCCUUACUUCAACCUGGCCGAGGGCACCAGGAUCUCGGCCACCGCGACGUGCGGCGAGGAAGACGCCGGCGCGAGGAGCCCCCCCCGCCCGGUGGAGGAUCUGUAUUGCAAGCUCGUGGGGGGGCCGGUCUCGGGCGGGGAGCCCAACCAGACCAUCCAGGGGCAGUACUGUGACAUCUGUUCUUCAGCCAACAGCAACAAAGCCCACCCCAUCACUAAUGCUAUUGAUGGGACCGAACGUUGGUGGCAGAGCCCGCCUCUGUCUCGCAGGCUGGAAUUCAACGAGGUCAAUGUCACCUUAGAUCUGGGACAGCUGUUCCAUGUGGCCUAUGUACUGAUCAAAUUUGCAAAUUCCCCUCGUCCAGACUUGUGGGUACUUGAGCGGUCAACUGAUUCUGGACUCACUUAUGACCCUUGGCAGUAUUUUGCCUCUUCCAGGAGAGAUUGCAUAGAGAAAUUUGGCCUCAGGAGUUCAGAGAAGGUUACCAAAGAUGAUGAUGUGAUUUGUACCACUGAAUAUUCCCGCAUUGUGCCCUUGGAAAAUGGGGAGAUUGUGGUUUCCUUGGUGAAUGGGCGUCCGGGAGCCAUGAAUUUCUCUUAUUCCCCUCUUCUGCGAAAUUUCACCAAAGCGACGAAUAUUCGAUUGCGCUUCUUGCGAACCAACACACUCCUUGGACACCUGAUGGGGAAGGCCUUGAGGGAUCCUACUGUGACCAGAAGGUAUUACUACAGCAUCAAAGAUAUCAGCAUUGGAGGACGCUGUGUUUGCCAUGGUCAUGCUGAUGUCUGUGACGCCAAGGACCCUGCAGAUCCAUAUAGGUUACAGUGCGACUGCCAACACAACACCUGUGGCGGGUCAUGUGAUCGCUGUUGUCCGGGCUUCAACCAGUUGCCUUGGAAACCAGCCACAACUGACAGCGCCAAUGAAUGUGAACCCUGUAAUUGCAAUGCCCAUGCCUAUGAUUGCUAUUAUGACCCAGAGGUUGACCGUCAGAAGUCCAGCAAGAAUCAUAAUGACCGUUUUGAAGGAGGUGGUGUCUGCAUUGACUGUCAGCAUCAUACAACAGGCGUUAACUGUGAGAGGUGCAGCCCAGGAUAUUAUAAAUCCCCAGAUCAUCCCAUAGAUUCACCUUAUAUUUGCUACCGCUGCAACUGUGACUCAGACUUUACCGAUGGCACUUGUGAGGACUUCACUGGCCGCUGCUACUGCAAGCCAAACUACUCGGGGGAACACUGUGAUGCUUGUGCAGACAAUUAUGUGGACUUCCCACAUUGCUACCCCAUGUCAAUUUUAUCUUACAAUGCUACUGGAGAACAAGUCCUCCCAGCUGGGCAGAUAAUAAACUGUGACUGCAAUGUUGCUGGAACAAGAGGGAACACCUGCAGGAAAGAUUCUCACACUGGGUUGUGCUUGUGUAAGCCUAACUUUCAAGGGACACAGUGUGAUCAGUGUGUAUCUGGAUACUAUGGACCAAGUUGCCAACCUUGCCAGUGCUCAGGCCCUGGAUUCUUUGAAGGCACGUGUGACAACGAAACUGGACAGUGUCUGUGUCGAACCGGGUUUGAAGGCCAUUUAUGCAAUCAGUGUGCUCCUGGCUAUUUCAACUACCCACUAUGUCAACUUUGUGGCUGCAGUGCUGUUGGGACCUUGCCGGAAGGCUGUGAUGCUUCUGGGAAAUGCUACUGUAGGCCUGAGUAUGGUGGACUUCAUUGUGACCAGUGCAGUUUUGGAUAUCAUUCCUACCCUCACUGCCAAGCUUGUUCUUGUGGCCUCCGGGGCUCGGUGGACAGCAGUUGCAACCCCAUUGGUCAAUGUAACUGCCUCUCAAAUUACAUCGGCCGAACAUGCAACCAGUGUGCCCCAGGCUUCCAUGGGUUUCCUUCUUGUACAGCUUGCCACUGUUCUGUAGAAGGCUCUCUUUAUGGCACCUGCAAUCAAGAAACGGGGCAGUGUAUGUGUCGUCCUAGAGUAAGUGGGCUGCGCUGUGACACCUGCAUUCCUGGGGCAUAUGGAUUCCCCAACUGUGAAGUGGGAUCCUGCAACCCUGCAGGGCUCGUACAUGAAGACCAUUCCCUGCCCAUGGGUUCCUGUGAAUGUCGGGCAUAUGUGGAAGGUGAAGCUUGCGAUAAAUGCAAACCACUCUACUGGAAUUUGACUCCAGAUAAUCCAUUUGGAUGCAUGAGCUGCCAGUGCAAUACCAUGGGAACAAUGGCAGGUGUUGCUGAAUGCCAACAAGGUGACGGACACUGUUUCUGCAAGCCGAACAUUUGUGGCCGGAUGUGUUCUACUUGCAAAGAAGGAUACUUCAAUCUGGAGAGUGGUAAUUACUUUGGCUGUGAAGGAUGCCACUGUGACAUCGGAGGAUCAGUUGGUCCUUUGUGUGAGGAUAAGACGGGAUCCUGUCAGUGCAGACAGAACACCAAAGGACCUGCAUGCUCUGAACCUGCAAAAGGCUAUUAUAUUCCGGACCUUCACCACCUGAAAUAUGAGCUGGAAGAGGGAACCACACUGGAUGGCAGGCCAGUUCGCUUUGGCUACAGUCCAUUGGAAUUUGAGAAUUUCAGCUGGAGAGGAUAUACACAAAUGUCUCCCAUCCAGAACAAAGUCAAAGUCACGGUCCACGUACGAGAAGGAGAGCUCUAUCUCUUUCAUGUCAUCUUGAGAUACAUUAAUUCAGGAGAUGCCACAGCAUUUGGCAAAAUCACAGCUUCUCAGCCACGGAAACGAGGUACUGAACAGACUAAGCAGAUUGUAUUUGGGCCAACAAAAGAGCCAACAUUUGUCAGUGUUCCUCACCACAGCUUUGGAGAACCAUUUGUGCUGAGUCCUCAUGUCUGGACUCUGAUCAUUGAAGCUGAAGAUGUCCUCCUGGAUUAUCUAGUCCUGCUGCCCAGCUCAUAUUAUGAAGCUCCUAUAUUGCAAGUCAAAGUAUCAGAUCCUUGUACCUAUAGCCCAGCUCCUGAACAUGUGGGUCAAAAUUGCUUCCUGUAUAAGUAUGUGCCUGUGGAGCAGUUCCCCUUUGGGUCAGGUGAAGAUGCUUUGUGCAAGUUGGACAAUAACUUACCAAGACCCUGUCCUAUACAGCAGAUCUUUCCUACGUACCCCAGAAUGGUGAUGUGCAGUGGCACUCACGUGGAAGUACAACUGUUAAUUGCUGUACCCCAGUCAGGGAGAUACAUGCUUCUGGUGGAAUAUGCCAACCAAGAUACUCCACAGACAAUUGAGGUAUCUGUGAGCACACCACAGCUUGCCCCUCAGCUGGGCACUCUCACGGCAUACACCUGCAAAUACAGUUUCCUUUGCCGAGGGAUAGUUUUAGAUUCUCAGAAUCGCUUGGCAGCAUUUGAACUUGUCACAGAGGCUACAGUUCAGUUCAAUGCAGAUCAGGCCCGCUUCUUCCUGUACAAAGUGUACUUGGUCCCAUAUGAACAAUUCACUGUGGAGUUUUUGGAGCCCAAGGUUCACUGCAUCAGCGUUCACGGAGCAUUUUCACUGAACAGUAGUUCCUGUAUCCCAUCAAGAUAUCAGAAGAUUUCGCAGUCAGUUGUCCUGGAGGAAGGACAGUUACUACCUAUUGCUCCAGACUUCCCCCUAAUUCACGCCUUUAGCAUCCCACCAGAAGACAAUCCACCAGCAUCUCCACCUCACCCUCCAUCUUUGAUUGACUCCUCUGCAGAACUCAUUUUCUUAAGGACGCCCCAGACAGCUGUUGUGUUAAGCGGCCAUAUUCAGAGUCCGGGACGUUAUGCCUUCAUCCUGCACUGUUAUCAGCCCAGUCACCCAACUUUCCCUGUUGAAGUAUUGAUUAAUGGAGGACGGAUUUGGCAGGGACAAGCUAAUGCUACUUUCUGCCCACAUGGAUAUGGUUGCCGGAGUCUGGUGGUUGCAGAGAACCAAAUUGUUCUGGAUGUCACAGAUAAUGACCUGAGUGUAAUAAUCCGUGUGCCAGAGGACCGACAUCUUUGGGUGGAUUAUAUCCUUGUGGUUCCUGAAACCAGUUAUGGCUCCAGCUAUCUUUCAGAAGAACCGCUGGACAGAUCUUACGAUUUCAUCAGCAGCUGUGGAGUCAAUGGCUUCUACAUCAACCCUGUAACAUCAUCCAAGUUCUGCCAGGACUCUGCCAUCUCAAUUUCUCUUUUUUACAACAACGGGGCUGUCCCUUGCCAUUGUCAUGAGGCUGGUGCUAUUUCAAGCCAGUGUGAGCCAUUUGGGGGCCAGUGUAUGUGCAAGUCCAAUGUCAUUGGGCGAGAAUGUUCCCGCUGUGCCACUGGAUAUUGGGGUUUCCCCAACUGCCGACCCUGUGACUGUGGAUUUCGCCUGUGUGACGAGCUGACGGGACAGUGCAUCUGCCCCCCACGUACCAUUAGACCAGAGUGUGUGGUCUGUGAGCCCCAAACCUUUGGCUGUCACCCCCUGGUGGGCUGCGAGGACUGCAACUGUUCUAGUUCUGGGAUCCAAGAUCAGACUGAACCAGGAUGUAAUACAGAGAGUGGACAAUGCCAAUGCAAGCCCAACAUUGUAGGACGUCAGUGUGAUCUCUGUGCCCCAGGCUAUUAUGGCUACCCCAACUGCAGGACCUGUGACUGCCAUGAAGCAGGAACAAAACCAACUAUCUGUGACCCAGUCACUGGAGAAUGUCACUGCAAGGAAAAUGUGGAAGGCCCAAGGUGUGAUCAGUGCCACUUGGGGACAUUCUCCCUUGAUGCCAGCAAUCCUAAGGGCUGUACCAAGUGUUUCUGUUUUGGGGCAACAGACCGCUGCCACAGUGCCAACAAGUAUCGUGUGGAGUUCAUUGACAUGAAUGGAUGGACUUUGCUGAGUGGAGACCGCCAAGGAGCCCCCAUCUCAGUCAGCUUGGAAGAUGAGGCUGUUCAUGCUGAUCUUCGGCAUUUUCCAGAGGCUUUCCAGGAACUUUAUUGGCAUGCCCCCAAUUCGUAUCUUGGAGAUCGGGUGUCUUCCUAUGCUGGGUAUUUGAAGUAUGAGCUGCACUCAGACAUUCAAAGGGGUGAUGUGUUCAUACCGAUGGAAUCCCGGGCAGAUGUUAUCCUCAAGGGAAACCAAAUGAGUAUUAUGUUUGCUGAAGAUUCCUAUCCUGCUCCCGGAGAGAUUUAUGAAAAACACCUUCAACUGUUGGAGGGUAAUUUUAGACACACAGAGACACACAACCCAGUCUCCAGGGAAGAGCUGAUGAUGGUUCUGGCUAAUCUGGAGCAGCUGCAGAUUCGGGCUCUCUUUUCCUCUUUUUCGUUCUCUGUGUCCCUGCAUCGGGUGAUCCUGGAGAGAACAACAGAGACCGGUGGAAGCGUCCAAGCCAGCAGUGUGGAGCUGUGUCUGUGCCCAGCCAAUUACAGAGGAGAUUCUUGCCAGGAAUGUGCUCCAGGCUAUUAUAGAGACAUCAAGGGUCUCUUUCUAGGGAAAUGCGUUCCAUGUAACUGCAAUGGGCAUUCGGAUCAGUGCCUCCCAGGAUCUGGAAUAUGCCUUAAUUGCCAGCGCAACACAGAAGGUGAUCACUGUGAAACAUGUAAGGAUGGUUUUGUGGGGAACUCUUCACCUGAGGGACAUCUGCAAUGCAUAGGAUGCCCCUGUCCUCUUUCAGUUCCAUCUAACAACUUCGCCACGGGAUGCAUCUACAAGGGCUCCAGCACGCAGUGUCUCUGCAAGCCUGGUUAUGCCGGAGUUUCGUGCGAACGGUGUGCUCCAGGUUACUACGGAAAUCCGCUUGUGAUUGGCAGUUCCUGCCAGCCCUGCGACUGUAGUGGCAAUGCUGACCCCAACAUGCUCUUCAACGAUUGUAACACAUUAACCGGCAUCUGCACAGGGUGCAUGUACAACACUGCAGGGCCCCGAUGCGAACUGUGCGCCCCGGGGUUUUACGGUGAUGCGGUGGUAGCAAAGAACUGCACCGAGUGCAACUGUCUGUCCUGUGGCACAGACUCGUGUGAUCCUAAAACUGGCCAGUGUCGGUGUAAGCCUGGAGUGACAGGUCAGCACUGUGAUCGCUGUCAGGAAGGGCAUUAUGGCUAUGAAACAUGCUUGGGCUGCCAGAGGUGCGACUGUCACAUUGGGUCUGUGAGCCCCAAUUGCCAUGCCCAGAAUGGCCAGUGUCAUUGCAGUCCGGGCGUCAGUGGCUCUCGUUGCCAACAGUGCAGUCCUGGCUACUGGGGGCUGAGUGCUGAUGGCUGCUUGAAAUGCCAAUGUAAAGGAGGGUCCUGCAACCCCCGCACUGGUGAGUGCACCUGCUCCAAUGGGCUGACAGGGAAGCAAUGUGACACCUGUAUAAAGAAGCAUGAGAUCCCUGUGGUGGAUGGUCCAGACAACAUGAGAUGUGAAGCUUGUGAUAGCUGUGUGCUGCUCUUGCUAGAAGAUCUCCAGAAGAUUGAAAGUGACUUCCCUGCCCUCAAACAUCAGCUGACAAGUCUCAACACCACCUCAAUUGCAUGGGCCCGCCUGCACAGCAUCAAUGGCUCUAUGCAAGCCGUUACUAACCAAGUGCGUGAGUAUCAGAGAUCCAUAUAUAGGGUGAGGCAACAUGCUGAUGAGCUGGAAGAGGAGAACACUGAUUUUGUUCAGGAUCUGAAUGCACUUCACCACAAGGCAACCAUGACCCACAGAAAAGCAAACCGUCUAAUGGAUAGCACACAGGAGACCUAUCAGCAAGCAGAGAGCCUUGUUCUGAAUGUCACUAAAAUUCAAAGUAAAAUUAAUGAUCUCAUACACCAGAUGGACACUUUUACCACAGCCAAUGUUAGUGUUACCUCCGCAGAGGAGUUUCGGCAGAAGAUUGCUGAGGUAGACGCAAUGCUGAAACACAUGAAAGCCACAGAUUUUAGUUUCCAGAGGACCAUUGCUGUUGAGGAGCGUGAUGAAGCUCAGAAUUUGCUGAAUCGUGUGCAGAUUGAGGUCUUCAGCAAGUUGGAGGCCAACCAACAACUGGCAAAUCAAAUCAAUGACCAGCUAGAUCAGUACAGUUCAGAUCUGAUGGACCUACGAGAUGCCCUGAAUGAAGCAGUGAAUAAAACCCGACAGACAGAGGACCUCAACAGCCUGAAUCGUAAUCACCUAGAGGAAACCCAGCAAAAGAGCAAGGAGAUGGAGAAACAGUAUGCCACAAUCCAGACCACUUUGAGAAUGGCUAAAGACUCCUUGGGGAAGAUCUCAGAAUUUCUGCAGACUGUUAUAAAUGCUAAAGAUGAAUCAGAGAAGUUACUAGCUCAGCUAGAUGGAGCCAGAUACCCUUUAUCAGAGAAGGCAAAGGAGUACACCUUGGCUAGCAACAAGAUCCAGAAGGUUGAGUUGGCAGAGGAGCAUGCAAAACUCCUAGAUGAACUGGCACAAAAUCUCUCCAGCAUUAUCCAUGGCACAAACCAGGAUGCUUUUAUUCAAAGAGCCAUCAAUGCCUCCAAUGCCUAUGCCAGCAUCAUUGAGGCGGUGAGGAACGCAGAGGAAGCAGCCAACAAAGCCAAUCAGGCUUCUGAUGAAGCUUUGAAGAAUGUCAUGAAACAUAAUCUUGGAGCCAGAGCAAAAGAGAUGAAGAAAGAUAGCAGCGCUUUAGAGGAAGCUGUGAAGGAAGAGCAGAGGAAGCUCAGUGGAGUCAUCAAGGGAGCAUUGGAAGCAGCCAAAAACAGAUUGGCUGGAAUCCAAACAAAGAAGGAGCAACUUCUGAACCAGCUGAAGUCAGCGAAGAACAAGUUGAACAUGGUCCAUGACGGCGCGGCAGAGAAAAUUCAGAAGGCCAAAGAUGCAGCCUUAAAGGCCAACGAGACAGUGGCCACAAUGGAACAAAAACUGAAUGACAUGAAAAAAAACCUGGAUGAGUGGAAGGAAGAGUACGGAGACCUGAGAAGUGAAGAUUUGAAUCAAGCCACCCGUGAUGCCAAGAAUACUGUUUCAAGUCUUGAAAGCACCCUUCCAGUCCUCCUGGGAAAACUGACCAGUCUGGAAAACAGAAGAAGCCACAAUGCAACUGUUUUGGACAAUAUUCUGCGGGUGCGCCAACUGAUCUCGCUGGCCCGAAAUGCUGUCAGUAAGAUUAAAGUUCCAGUGAAGUUCAAUGGCAGUUCCGGUGUACAGGUCCGGACUCCCAGCAAUCUCCAAGAUUUGGCUGCCUACACGUCCCUCAAAUUCUAUAUUCAGAACCCAGACUCCAAAGUGAGAGAGAAGCAACAAAAUGCAGAUGAGUCUGGACGCUUUGUGCUGUACCUGGGACAAAAGGAUGCUGUUGGUGACUACAUGGGCGUCAUCCUGAAAGACCGCAAAGUGGAGUGGAUCUAUAAACUAGGAGAUGAGGAACCAGCACAUUUAGUAGUUGAUGAAGAAAUUGGAGAACAGUUUGCUGUUGUCAGCAUCAACAGGAUCUUGCAGUAUGGACACAUGUCUGUGACAGUGGAGAAGCAAACCUUGCAUGAGACCAAGGGGGACAGCGUGGCCAAAGGAGAGCAUGGAUUGUUCAACUUCAAGCCCCAUAACACCGUUUUGUACAUGGGUGGCUAUCCUUCCAGCUUCACGCCUCCUCUGCCUCUGCGCUAUCCUAACUACCGAGGCUGUAUAGAGAUGGAUUCUAUUAAUGAAGAGGUGAUGAGUUUGUAUAACUUCCAGCGCACUUUCCAUCUGGACACCACUGCAGAGAGACCUUGCACAAGAUCUAAAUCAACGGGUGAUCCCUGGCUGACCGAUGGCGCCUAUUUUGAUGGCACUGGGUAUGCGGAAAUCACUUUUGAGAGCCAAAUUGGCUCAGCCAAACGCUUUGAGCAGGAGAUGCGGCUGGUGUCCUCCCAUGGGAUCAUUUUCUUCUUGAAACAUCAGAAUCAACUGCUGUGUUUGGCUAUUCAAGAUGGAAAGCUAGUGCUGUACAGUGACUUCAAUGAAGGCCUGAAGAUGGCCCCUCCGAAGGAUCGUGCCAAUCUGAUAGUCAGCAAAAACACAAAUAAAGCGAUCCAGCUAUUUCUCUUCAAAAUGGGUUCCAAGGAUCUCGUUAUGGUCCGUCUGGAACAAUCUACUGUCUUCUCAAUUGAGCAAGAAAACGUUUUGCACGGUGCCACCUCCUACUAUUUAGGGGGUGUGCCCAGCUCCAUCUUGCCUGAAAGCCUGAAGAAAAUAUUCCCCAAGGGUGGCUCCAUCAGAGGUUGCAUGAAAGGACUGAAAGCUCUUGGCAAAUACGUUGACUUAAAACGUAUGAACACCGUUGGAGUGAGUUAUGGAUGUACCUUGGAUCUCCUGGUGGCUCGCUCAGUUAAACUUCAUGGCUAUGGCUACUUGACUCUAUCGCUGAAGAACGUUCCCACUUUACAAGACUUCUACACUGGUUUCAGCUUCCGUACCAGCCAGAGUCGUGGCUUGCUCUAUCACCAUGCUACAGAGGAAGGGAGGUGCCAGGUUUAUUUACAAGACGGCCGUGUGGCUCUCAAUGUCCUGUCCACAGAGCUUACCACAAAGAAUGCCUAUGCUGAUGAUACGAGCCACUAUGUGGCUAUCUACAGUGAUUCUGCAGGGGUCCGGCUGUAUGUAGACGAUCACCUUCAGGGAUCCACAGCAGGUCCUGAUCAACUGAGGAGGCAAAAGCGUGAAGCUGAGUUGGCUGUUUUUCACUUGGGCGGUUGGCCCAAGACCAGCGACAUUGGCAACCUUACAGGCUGCAUUGGCAAUGUCUUCAUCAGGAGGAGAUCAGAAGCCCAGGCAGUUGUGAAUCUUCAGCAGAGCACUGAGAAUUUCAAUGUGACCAUAAGCUGUCCCAGGGAGCGACAACCCCAGCAGAUGAGAGCACCAGAAAAGAAGGGCAGGUGGAAACCAAAGGUUCCAAACAAGGCAACGCUGAAAGACACGAAUUGCCACUUGCUUAAACAUCCCAAAGCCAUUAAAGAUGCCUUCCAGUUUGGUGGGUCCCCUGUCAGCCGUUUAGAGUUCAGUGGAAUACCAGAAAUGUUCCAAGAAAGGUUCCAUUUCUCCAUGGAGGUUAGAUUAAACUCCUCCAACGGCCUGCUCUUCUACAUGGCUGAUGAAUCUCUGGCCUCCUUCUUCUCCCUUUUCGUCUCCGGUGGACGCUUCGUGCUUUUGGCUGAUAUCAGCGGACGUAAACUGAGGCUCCAGACCAAAGAAAAGUAUCACGAUGGAAGAUGGCACACGGUCUUCUACAGCAGAGAUAGGAAUAGAGUUCAACUGGUCAUUGAUGGACUGAGAUCCCUGGAGAAGUUGCUGCCAGCUGCUGUUGACUUUGCCAUCUCUGGCCCCUUUUAUGUGGGUGGAGCACCAGUGGCAAAAGCAAAGGCUCAUAUACCAGAUGCUUCUGCUACCAGCUUUAAGGGUUGCCUCAGGCACCUAAAACUUGACAAAAAGCCUCUAAAUUCACCAUCCCGUGUGUUCGCUGUGACCCCUUGUUAUGUGGGCCCUCUGGAAACAGGCGUUUUUUUCUCUGUUGAAGGAGGAUACAUCACACUAGAUAGGUCUGUAGCUAUCGGUCAAGACUUUGAGAUGAUGCUGGAGAUUCGGCCACGGAGUACAUCUGGCCUGAUAUUUCACAUAGGAAGGCAGAAGAACUAUCUCAGGCUAUCUACUGACAGCCAAAAGGUUACAGUGACUGCAAAUAUAGGAGCAGGAGCGUUCUCCACUUCUGUGGCCCAGCCUUCCCUCUGUGAUGGCCAGUGGCACACAAUAGCAGUCCUCAAAGGAAGCAACAUGAUCCAACUGAAUGUGGAUACAGAAGUAAAUUACACAGUGGGCCCAAACGAAGCCCAUGCUACUUCUGUUGAGGAGAACAUCUAUCUUGGUGGAAUGCCAGAACUCACUUCGCCAUCACAUAUGGGGCAUCCUCCCUCUUUUGUGGGCUGCAUGAAGAAUUUGGUGAUCAACCAAAACCAAAUUGACCUCAGGCAUGCUGGGACCGCCAGGGGCUCAGUGGGGCUUGGAGGGUGCCCAGCUGUGUAAACGAAGCUUCUAGGCGCAUGUAAAAUCAGAACCGUGGAUAGGCUCACCAUCCUCCAGGAAGCCAGCGGACGUCUUCAUUGGGCAUCUCCUUGCCACUGAGAACGUGGUGUUCAGCAUCAACGGUGUAUAUAUGGCGGAAAAAGGGCUGUAGUGGGGCUCUCAGCCGGGGCGGUUAGCUAAUUUGUAAUAUAUUUGCACAUUUCUUCCAGUAUACUGGCAGUAAGGGAUUUUAAAUAGUGCACAUGGUGUGCACUUAAUACAAGUAUUUAUAAUGGGUGUUAGAAGGCUACGGUGCUCUCUUUCACAAACAAGACAAGUCACAGUGAUGCCUUAAGCAACUGUUUCAUCAAGCUGCACAAGAACCAGUCAUUUAGGCACAUCUGUGUAUAGAUGUUUGAUCACUGCAGUUGUUCUAGUAAUUUUCCAGAGACUGUUCCAUUAAUUUUACUAUGGGGGAAUGACAAAAUGGCUGCAGGGGGAAGAAGCUGAGACACUGCAAAGGUACAUACAUUCACUUUUCCAGCAGACACAAGUUACAUUUGGAAGAGUGUUUCAUCUUUCCCAACUUCCCUGAACUUAUCAAGGAAUGCAUUAGACUAUCCCUUAGUAACUAGGCUUGCACAUUGUGUGAUAGGAUUAACAUGGAACUGGAGUACUUUGCGGUUCAGUGUUGUGAGAUCCUGGCCAGUCUAUGAUGUCCAACCAUACUGUGGUUUGCUUAAGCCAGUGUUUCCCAACCUUGGCAAUUUUAAGAUGUGUGGACUUCAACU